GCUGAAAAGGGAAUUAUUGUUUUAGUUUGAGUUGAAAUGUCGAACUUUAAGGAAUCAAUCGAUGCUUUAAGUCGCGUUUAUGAGCGAUAUACGGAGUUUGUUCGGAAGAAUCCUGCAGCCACCGCUCAGCUGGAGAACACGGUCCGAACCUUGUCCUACCUGAUCGCAGGGCGCUUCGCUGACUCUCAUGAGAUUUCUGAGCUUGUCUAUUCUGCCUCCAACCUGCUGGUCCUGUUCAACGACAGCAUCCUGCGGAAAGGCCUGCGAUGCGCCUUCUCGGCGGUGAGCUUGGCUGUAAUUCAUCUUCCUGCAGAGUUUCAUCACUUCCUGACAUUCAGGCCCAUUAAGAUGCAACUUCUGCUGCUGCCUGUCCAGCCUCUCUCCCAGCAGAGACUCCUCACCUGGCUGUCGGUCCUGGAGUACGUGGAGGUUUUCCUGGAGAUGGGAGCCGGGAAGCUGUGGGGGGAGGCGGGCCGCUGGCUGGUCAUCACACUCAUUCAGAUUUUCAAAGCUGCUUUUCGUCUCGUUCUUCUCCUGCUGUACAAAUCCGGCCUGCAGACUUCACCUCCCAUAAUCCCCCUGGACAGAGGGUCCGAAUACGUCUCUGAAGACGACCUCAACGACCAGGAUGAUGCCUGCUUUGUGGGUCAAAGGUCAGGCCGUGUGAUCAGACCUCUGGGCAGCGCUCCGCCCCUGCAGAGCCGGCUGUGGGGCGCGGCGGCGAGGAAGAGGAGGAGCAGCCUGAAGGAGAGCCGCCCGCCGACACAGCUCAGCUUCCAGGAGACGCUGGCCGAGUCGGUUUACAUCAGCCGGCCGCUGGUUCACCUUCUGUGUCUCGGAGUUUGUGGGAAGCGGUCGUGGAAGCCGUGGCUCGUCUCUGCCGCCCUGGAGCUUUCCAGCUUCGCCGUCCUCAGCGACGCCAAGCUGGAGAACCGAUGGGAGAAAGCCGAGAUGAGGAGGCGGGCCUUCCUGUUGUGCUACUACCUGCUGCGCUCGCCAUUCUACGACAAGUUCUCCGAGGAGAAGAUCGUUUUCCUGCUCAGACUUCUGGCGGAUCACGUUCCGGGAAUCGGACUCGUUGCGCGCCCUCUGAUGGAAUACCUCCCCACCUGGCAGAAGAUCUACUUCUACAACUGGGGAUAAACGUCCGUGGAUCCGACUGGAAGCUGGACGAACAUUCCCACUGGAAAUGGAAACAUUGAAUUUCAGGCUUUGCUCAGACUGAAGUUGUUUCUGAUCCGGUUUGGCGGACAGCAGAGCGAUCGGGCAUGCGGCCUGUGAUUUACCCUGCGUCGCCACGGCGGCGGUGUCGGGACCACAGGGAUUUGCCCCGCCCUGCAGGCGGGAGAGCGGCGACGCGUCCCCAGACCCGCUGCUCCUCCUCCAAUCAUUCAAAACUAAUGCGAAUCAUUUCCCUGCAGAAAUAAAAUGACGGCGGUGAAGAGAAACGAGAAACUCUGA